AUGCACAGUGUUGGAGUCACGAAGCAGAAUCCCUGGACAACGGUGCCUCCAUUUUCUGACUUCAUGCAAAGGUUCAACAUUCCGCAGGUUCAUGGUUCUGGAAUUUUCGUCGACCUCGGUCGCGACACUGAAGGUUACCGGGAGGUGGGGGGUAAGUGUCCUGUUUUCGGCAAAUUCAUACGAAUGCAUCAGCCGCCUGGAUACUCGAACAAUUUCCUCGACGACGCCCCCACCAGUAACGUUGCCGCAAGGAAGCCGUUACCUGGUGGCUUCAACAAUCCGCAGGUGUACACCUCGGGCCAGAAGUUUUCACCUGUUGACGAUGCGCUUUUGCGGAACAAACUCGGUUCCUCGGGGCCAAAAACAGCGAUUGGCCGGUGCGCCUUGUAUGCCUACUCGACCACUGCCGUCAACCCUAGCAAUGGUUCCACCAGCAAAUACAAGUAUCCCUUCGUCUACGACGCAGGAUCAGAAAAAUGCUUUGUCCUUUCCAUCAGCGCCCAACUGCUGAAGGGCGAAAAGUAUUGCUCCGUCGACGGAUCACCCAGUGGUUUGACGUGGGCCUGCUUUGAACCUGUGAAGGAAACAAGUACUGCAACAACGUUAGUGUACGGAUCUGCAUUUGUGGGAGAAGACGACCCUGACGCAUGGCAAUUGACUUGUCUACUAUCGAUGCCAGUGACAACCAGGGAAGAUUGCUGGAAGCGAGUCUUUGCGAAUCCCAGGGUCGCAUCCGACGCGCCGACCACUUACUCGGAUACGGCCCAGAACAACUGGGACGAUUUUUGGCCAGAGCAUCAACAGUCCAAUCCCAAGUCAGGUGGUGUGGGCGCAAACUGGGCGAACUUCUACCUGGAACAGGAGAGGGGCAAGGCGUUGUGCGCGAUCUUCGACCAAGUACCUGACUGUUUUGCUCCUGUGAAGGGGGCAGUUGCUUACACUGCCUUAGGCUCCUUGACAGAGGUCAAUCUUCCCCAGUGUGACCCGGGUUCCGUUUCUCCUACUGAGGGCCCGUGUAACGAUUGCGUCAAGGUGGUAACCGAAUGCAUUGGGAACGAGUUCGUCCAAACUUCCAAAACGUGUUGCACCGCGCCAGAGAUUUCCCCGCCUCCGCCACCGGAGCCGCCUGUGCCUGCACCACAGCCUCCUACAGAGCCGCCUGUGCCUGAACCUGAGCCUCCCGAGAUGGUGCCGCCACCAGAAGGGGAUGGAGGUGGCGGGGCCUCCGACGGCGACACUGAGGAAGACGAAUCCGGCAGCCAGAACACUGCAGCCAUCGCCGGCAGCAUCAUCGGGGUGAUCCUAUUAUUAGCUCUGAUAGGAGCCGGUUUCGGACUGUACUACCGGAAAGAGAGAGACCCCCAGGCCGAACAGCCUACCGUGGAGGCUGCUGGAGAGGGAGACAGAGAACAAGAGACGCUCUUGGGUUCCAGAGCCGUGGAAGCAGACUACUAA